AUGUUCCGCGCGCAGCAGAACGCCUUCGACGAUGCAGUUGCUAAAGCAACGGACGAAAAUUUGACCUCCGAGAACUGGGAAUAUAUUCUUGAUGUAUGCGAUAAGGUCGCGGCUGAAGAUUCUGGGGCGAAAGAUGCAGUUGCUGCUUUGAUAAAACGGCUUGCACACCGAAAUGCUAAUGUGCAGCUCUAUACUUUGGAACUUGCGAAUGCGCUAGCCCAGAAUAGUGGACCGAAGAUACAUCGCGAACUAGCGUCAAGGAGCUUUACCGAUGCGCUCCUGCGUCUCGCUGCUGACCGGAAUACUCACCAGCAAGUGAAGUCCAAGAUUCUGGAGCGCAUGCAAGAAUGGACAGAAAUGUUUGCCAGCAACCCGGAUUUCGGGAUCAUGGAGCAAGCUUAUAUGAAGUUGAAGACUCAAAAUCCUAACCUACAACCUCCGUCGAAACCUGGAAAGCGGGAAAUCACUGAUGUUGAUCGUCAGAAAGAAGAGGAGGAGUUGCAAAUGGCGCUUGCCCUUUCGAUCAGAGAGAAGCCCGCUGUCGCCCAAGAACCACAAGCUGAGAGUAGUGGUUCGAUGUCAGCACCGCCGAAUCAGACACAGGCCGCGACAUCCGGACCGGUGCCAUCGGGUACCUCAGCUGCUACUGUUUCUAGAGUUCGAGCCCUUUACGAUUUCCAACCCUCAGAACCUGGGGAACUGCAGUUUCGAAAGGGAGAUGUCAUUGCCGUACUCGAGUCUGUGUAUAAAGAUUGGUGGAAGGGCUCUUUGAGGGGCCAGAAUGGAAUCUUCCCUCUUAACUAUGUCGAGAAGCUUCCCGACCCUACCGUUGAAGAGCUUCAGCGUGAAGCUCAAAUGGAAUCGGAUGUAUUCGGCCAGAUAAAGAACGUUGAGAAGCUGUUGACUCUUUUGAGCACUCGAAACUCAGAUUUGAAUGUCCAGGACAAUGAGGAAAUCACGGCCCUGUACCAUUCCACGCUGGCUAUUCGUCCAAAGUUGAUUGAGCUUAUCGGAAAGUAUUCGCAGAAAAAGGAUGAGUUCACUCAACUGAACGAGAAGUUCAUCAAGGCGCGAAGAGAUUAUGAGUCUCUCCUGGAAGCCUCUAUGUCACAUCCCGCGCAGCCCCAAUAUCCCCACCCCGGCCAAUCCCAGUAUCCAUACCCUGGAUCUGGAGCACCCGCAGGUCUUCCUCAGGGUCCACCGCAACCCCAGCAUGACCCUCAAAGAUACUUCAGCCCUCGUCUACCAGACAACCAGUCCAAUUCUUCUUACUACCCACCCAGUACGCAAUCACCCGGUCCGGGUCACACACCUCCAGCAGCGCAGUAUCAACAGCAGCAACAGCAGCAGCAGCCGCCACAGCAGCAAGGACCACCAGACUCGUACCAGCCAGUUCAUCACCGCCCCGAAUCGACCUAUGACCACCCACAAGAACUGGGUACAUCGAUUUACGACUCUCCUGUCGAGCGGGUACAAUACCCUCCAGGACCACAGGGGGCAGGACAGCCGCAAUAUCCGCAACAGCCACCCCAACAAACGGCACCGCCAGAAUUCUCGUCUCACGUCUAUCCUCCUGACCAUCCACACAAGCCAGCGAGUGGUAUGAACCACCUGAACCCAGCACAACCGCCCUAUCCCGCGUCCCCUAUCCCCCACCCUCCCCCACCAAUACAGCAACCGCCUCCAGUCCCAGGCGCACCGAACCCAGCACCGUACCCUUCUGUGAGCGCCGGGCCUGGCAGUUACCAGGCUUACCAACCCCCACAAGCAAAUCAGAACCCAGCCUCGUUCUAUCAGUAG